AUGGACAAAGUUGUCAUCAGUCUCCUGCUUCUGGGAACCGCAGUUACGAUGGUCCAUACAUGCCCCAAAUACUGUGUGUGCCAGAACCUCUCAGAGUCUCUGGGGACUCUGUGCCCCUCCAAAGGCCUGCUCUUUGUCCCGCUGGACAUCGACCGGCGAACUGUGGAGCUCCGGCUGGGCGGCAACUUCAUCAUCAAGGUCACAACUCAGGACUUUGCCAACAUGUCAGGUCUGGUUGAUCUCACCUUGUCCCGAAACACCAUCAGCGCCAUCCAGCCUUUCUCUUUCCUCGACCUCGAGACCCUGAGAUCCCUGCAUCUCGAUAGUAACCGGUUGACUCAGCUGGGAUCAGACGACCUCCGAGGGCUAGUCAACCUGCAGCACCUGAUCCUCAACAACAAUCAGCUGAGUCGGAUCUUCGACACAGCCUUUGACGAUGUUUAUGCGACACUGGAGGAUCUGGAUUUGUCAUAUAACAACUUGCGCAGUGUGCCUUGGGAAGCCAUCAGCAAGAUGGUCAACCUCCAUCAAAUGAGUCUGGAUCAUAACCUCAUCGCCUUCAUUUCCGAGGGGACUUUUACAGAUCUGGAUAAACUGGCCCGUUUGGACCUCACGUCCAACCGUCUUCAGAAGCUCCCUCCGGACCCGAUCUUUGGGCGCUCCCAGAGCAACGCAGUCGUGAGCACUCCUUAUGGACCUCUGCUCACUCUUAGCUUUGGUGGAAACCCAUUGCAUUGCAACUGCGAGGUGCUUUGGCUUCGAAGGCUGGAGCGUGAGGAUGAUAUGGAAACCUGCGCCUCUCCUGCUAGUCUAAAGGGGCGCUACUUUUGGUCAGUCCGCGAGGAGGAGUUUAUUUGCGAGCCCCCUCUCAUCACGCAACAUACACACAAGUUACUCGUGCUGGAAGGCCAAACGGCUAGCCUACGCUGCAAAGCAGUCGGGGAUCCGAUGCCAACCGUGCAUUGGGUUGCUCCUGAUGACCGUUUGAUCAGCAACUCCUCCAGAGCAACGGUUUAUGAAAAUGGCACCUUAGAUAUCACAAUCACCACGCCAAAGGAUUACGGGACCUUUACUUGCAUAGCUGCCAAUGCUGCCGGGGAAUCUACGGCCUCCAUUGAGCUGUCAAUCAUUCAACUCCCCCAUCUAAGUAAUGGUACAAAUCGUACCACGCAGUCCAAGUCGGGGCUUUCGGACAUAACUAGCUCUACCAAGAUCAGCAAAGGGGAGCCGAAACCUCUACCAGAGAAGGUGGUGUCUGCAUCAGAAGUGACUGCCGUCUCUGCCAUGGUCAAGUGGAUCGUUAGCAAAUCAACUCCAAAGGUCAAAAUGUAUCAGCUGCAGUACAACUGUUCCGAGGAUGAAGUCCUUAUUUACAGGAUGAUUCCCAUGACGAACAGAGCCUUCGUAGUGACAAAUCUUGUCCCAGGGAUGCAGUAUGACCUGUGUGUCUUGGCCAUCUGGGAUGACACCGCCACCACCCUCACUGCCACCAACAUCGUCGGCUGUGUCCAGUUCAUCACCGGGGAGGACUACCUGCAGUGCCAGUCCAUCCACAGUGGCUUCCUGGGUGGCACAAUGAUCCUGAUCAUCGGCGGCAUCAUUGUGGCCACGCUGCUGAUUUUCAUCUUCAUCCUCAUGGUGCGGUACAAGGUGACCAGUGGCAUACAGACUAAUAAAUUACCCAAUGUGAGCAACACAUACUCUCAAACCAACGGAGGAGGGCUGAACAGGUUCAGUGGUGCGCCGCCGCAGGUCAAAUCCACUGUGGUGGUCAUGCGUGAGGAAGUGGUUGAGUUCAAGUGUGGAUCCCUCCAGAGCAGUCUGUCCUCGUCCUCAUCCUCCUCCCACUCAUUAGACAGCCAAACAGGAAGGAGGGCUGGCGACCGCUACAGUAUGCAGGGCAGCGAAUGCAGCACCUUGCCCAGCAGCAAGUUCAGGAGGCACAGGCAUGGCGUCAACGCACGGCCAAACCUGGACCACCUUUUAGGGGCCUUCACCUCUCUGGAGCUGCGAGCGGUCGCGAGGGACCACCACGGGGCUUCUGGACCUUCUACCACUUCCAAUGCUGUGAUGACGGUGGCUCUGGUACCCCCAUCCGAUAAAGAACCGCUGCUCGGAAGAGCCGAGUCCACCACCAUGCUGGGACGGCUAUUAGGAAUGCCCCAGGAGGGUAAACCCAAGAGGAGUCACUCGUUCGACAUGGGUCAUGUGGGGGCUGCUGCGCAGUGUCGCGGCAACUACCCUCGCAGGAUCAGCAACAUCUGGACUAAGCGCAGCCUGUCCGUUAACGGCAUGCUUCUGCAGUACGAUGACAGCGAGGACGAGAAGCCCCCUUUUGAGAGCUCCGAGUGGGUGAUGGAAAGCACUGUUUGA